AAAGGUCAGUUAUUUCUGACUGGACACACCCUGUCACAGCUACAUUGCAAAGCUGCCCAGUCAAAGUCCUGAAAUAGCUGCUCCUCAGCAUUUGUUUGUGGCUUGCUACUGGAAUACGACUGCAGGACAAGCAGCAAUUCCCAUUUGUCUAUUAAACACAGAAGAACUUUAGUCUUUCGAAAUUUGCUCUGGACAAAGUUUUGUGGAACUACAGGGUUUUUAAAAUUAUUCUUAAAUAUUUAACUACUUUGAUCAAAAAUGAAGCUAAGCAUUGGUAUAUUUUUUGGUGGCCUAUUCGGUGCAUUGGGAAUUUUAAUCUAUUUGGUGGCUUUUGGAACAGACUAUUGGCUUCUUGCCAUGGAAGUUGAAAAAUGCUCUGAAACUAAAGAAGGGGUCAGUAUUUGUCUUCUCUUUGUUUAGUGGUAUUGGGGAUGGUGCUGAAAAGCUGUGUUGCAACUGUACAUUGAAGUUUGAUAUCUGACUGUUGUCAAUUUUCUAUAUAUUGAACCAUGAAAGGUAUUUAGUUGUUGUCAAUUUUCUAUAUAGUGAUCCAUGAAAGGUAUUUAGUUGAAGGUAGAAGAAAACUGAUUGAGAGGUCGAUAAUCAAAUUAUUUUUGAAAAAAGUAAAAAAAAUUUAAGAGGAGGGUAACUUUUUUAAAGAGUUUUAUAACAAGACAGCUUGAUCUGCAUUUUUUUAUUUUUUAUUGUGGAAGUGUUAAUGUGUAGAUAAAGUAUUUCAACCUCUUGAGGACCAAAUGGUACGCUUUUCUGUUCUCCUCACCUAGUCUCUAAAGACCUAAUGCUAGAACUGAAUGUCCUGUUCAUUAGCUUUGGAAUCUCCAUGCAGCACUGCAGUCAUUAAUUGUGCAAUCAUUCCAUUAAGGAACCUGAGCUUUAUAGAACAGAAUGUAAUCAUGUCAGAGACACACACGGGCUCUUAAAGGGUUAAAUAAAAAUGGUGUUAGAUAACAAGAUCACCAAAUAAUGACCUUGGAAAGGUAGGAAAAUGGGCAUGCCAAUAUGUCCAAAAUGUUCUAAUUUCCCAUUAUUAUGUAUGCAUCUUCUACAUACAUUAACUAAUGCAGCUGAUGAUCUUUGCAUUCAUUGUUUUGGUGUUAUCUGCAGGUUGACGACAACCAUCCAGUAAUUUUGCAUCAUGAGGGUUUCUUUUGGAGAUGUUGGUUUAAUGGUGAAAUAAGAAAUGACACAGACAACAUGAAGACUUUUUGGUUCAGUAAGAUAUAUAACAUUCUAAUUCUUAAAAAAAAAAAAAAAAAACUACCUCCAUUUGAUGCUAAUUGAGGAUGUGUUAUUUUUCACUAUUGAGCAUGAGUAAUCAAAACAACGUCCUUCAAGUGAAGUGGUGUAGUAUGUGUAUAUGUUUACAUUGUUAAUAAGAUUUGCUGUUUAACAUAUAAAAAAACUGAUACAGAAAUCCUAUAAAAUCACAUUCUCAAAAUUCCUCUGGCAAGCAGAAUGUAAAAUUAAGCACAAAGUAUUGUCACUUUUUCAGAUCUCCAUCACACAUUUCUGUAUGUUCUCUUUGCCAUGAACGUCUAUUUUAAGACGUAAGUUUUAUGCCAAUGUGUGUGAUAGGAUCUGAAUGAACCAAAGUCCAGCCAUGCACAGCUGUUUUGUUUGUCACUAUAGUGCUGGCGUUGGUUCAGAAAUGGAAAUCUCUCUGACAGCAUAAGAAUAAUCCUUAAUAAUGUUGUACUGAGAAGGGCAUUGUCAAAACUCCCCACAAAAUAAUAAUUAUACAAUUUAUUUAAACCAGCAUUGCAUCAGACAGCAACUCAGAAAGAUUAUGCCUCUUUUCUGUGGAAUUCAGAGGGUUCUGAAAAUAUCAUACUUCAGAUUUUAGGUACACUAUCAGGUGCCUGAUAGAAAUUCCCCCCAAGGAUUUAAUCUUCACUUUGUAUUCAGAUCACCAUGGGUUGGCUGAAGUACAUUUACUCAAAAGAAAAAAUAAAAUUGUAGUGCUCAAUCGAGUGUAUAAUAAAAAAUGGAAGCUUUACCUUACACAGGGAUGUUUCUGUCUGCUAACAUUUUAUUUGCACUAAUUGCACUUUGGUUUCUGUACGGACAUAUUUUGUUUUACCUGCACCUUCAGAUUUUAGGUUUCUGGAGUAUAGUGUUUGCUAUGAGGCACAUUUUUAUGCUUUCUAAAAUAUUGUAUUUGAAUAUAUUUAGCAGUACACUGAUUGGACCUUUGUAACGCCAUUUUGAAAUUUGUCUGAUCCAAAACACUGCAUGGACUAAUUUCAGUCCACCUCCGCUGAUCAUUCAAUUUUUCUGUAAUGCACAAGUCUACUCUUUUCUUCCAUACUCUGCAACAAGUUUUAGAGGACAUGCCUUAUGGCUGCAUUCUUGCUAUCGGAAAACAUUAUUUUUACAUUUUAAUUACAUAUUUAGAAAGCUGCUUUCCCAGAAAUGCCAUUAGGUUUUAUACAAUUAUGCAUAUGCAAGUUGUUUGACUUUUUUAUAGUGAUGUAAUGAGGGUGUUUUAAUAGUGGAUGUAGCAUCUUUUUUUUUUUUUUUUUUGCAUUUUGCGUUCUAACUAUUUUUUCCACCUAUUUUCUAUAUACUAUGUAGUGUCAUGCCCUGCGCUAGACCGGAGGACAUAUUUUUCAUUUAAAAUUUUUAAUAAAUCAAAUGUAUAUUUUAAAAAACAGGUAUAAAUGAGAAUCAUAUAUUUAUUUUUUAUAUAUGGUUUAUUAUAUCUAUCUGUAAUCAAAUUAGUUAGGUCUGUAAAUAUUUGUACACUGACACAAUUUUCAUAAUUUUGGCCCUGGUCACCACCACAAUGGAUUUGAAGUGAAACAACUGAGAUGCAAUUGAAGUGCAAGCUUUCAGUUUAAAUUCAAGGGGUUGAACAAAAAUAUUGUAUGAAACGUUUAGGAAUUGCAACCAUUUUCAUACAGUCCCCUUAGCUCAAGGGCUCAUAUGUAAUUGGAUAAAUUAGGAUAAUCAUAAAUAAACUGUUAAUUUUUAAUACUUUGUCCAGAAUCCUUUGCAGGCAUGGACUGCAUGGACGUCUCCAAACGCUGGGUUUCCUCUUUUGUGAUGCUUUGCCAGGCUUUUACUUCAGUUGCUGUUUGUUGUUUUGUCUUUCUGCAUUAAGUUUUGUCUUCCGCAAGUCAAAAUGCAUGCUUGAUCAAGUUGAGAUCAGGUGAUUGACUCAGCCAUUGAAAAUUCCACUUAUUUGCCUUAAAACCUCAUCGUUUGCUUAUGCACUAUAUUUGUUUGGGUCAUUUUAUGUCUGUAAAGUGAAGCGCCGUCUAAUCAACCUUGCUGAAUUUGGCUAAAUCUGAGCAGACAAUAUAUCCCUAUAUACUAGUAAUAAGCACUAGUGACGCAGUGCCGUUGGAAGCCAUGUAUGCCCAUGCCAUCACUCUGCCUCUGUGUUUUACAGAUGAGGUAUGCUUCAGAUCAUAAGCCAUCCCAAGUCUUCUCCAUACUUUUUUCUUCCAUCAUUCUGGUACAGGUUGAUCUUAGUUUCAUCUGUCCAAAGAAUACUGGGCUGGCCAUUUUAGAUGUUUUUUGGCAAAGUCUAAUCUUGCCUUUCUAUUCUUGAGGCUUAUGAAUGGUUUGCACCUUGUGGUGAACCUUCUGUAUUUGCUCUCAUAAGGUCUUCUCUUUAUGGUAGAUUUGGAUAAUGAUAUGCCUACCUCCUGGAGAGUGUUCUUCACUUCGGUGGAUUUUUUAAAGGGGUUUUCUUUACCAUGGAAAAGAUCCUACGACCAUUCACUACUCUUAUUUUCCAUUGAGGUUCAGGGCAUUUUGUGUUGCAAAGCUCCCCAGUACGUUCUUUUUUUUUUCUCAGAAUGUACCAAAUUGUUAAUUUGUUAAAUUGGCCACUACUAAUGUUACUGCUAUCUCUCUGUUUUUUUUUUUUUUUUGUGUGCAGCCUAACCAUGGCCUGUUUCACUUGCAUUGAGAUUUCAUUUGACUGCAUGUUGUCUGUUCACAGUAACAGCUUCCAAAUGCAAAUGUCACACCUGAAAUCAACUCUAGCUUAAUUACCUGCUUAAAAAACUGCUUAAUUGAUGAAGAAAUAGUGAAGGAAUAGCACAUACUUGUCCAUGAAACAGUUUUUGAGUUAAUUCAGUCAAUUGUCCAAUAACCAUUGAUACUAUGAAAAAGAGGGGGCUACAUAUACAACAGCUUGUGUCAGUGUCCAAAUAUUUCCAGACCUAACUAUAUACUUCUCUUUGCCAUUUGGUUCUUAUAAUUGUGGAUUAUUGACAAGGAAACUGCAGAUUUAAGAACAAACUCUUUCUCUACCUUUUUUUCUAGUGUUGCAUCUUAACCAUACAAAAACAUCCAGAUUUAGAAGGCAAUGAUAGAUGGACCACAAGGUUGACUUAGAUGGGUUAAGAUGGGCACACAUCUGUUACAUCUGUUGGGACAAAAAAUCCCUUACUGCCAAGUAGUGAUUAUAAUAUAAACUACAUCUAACAUAUCUCGUUAGUAUUGUGCAUUAUUUGGAAUUGCUGUCAGAUGUUUCGAAUUUCAAUAAAUAUUAUGAUUAAAAAAUAUUUUCAUGGUUAUAGAAUGCCCUAUGACUAGUGCAUAUUUAAAUGGUUUUGAGGUGAAUAUUGCUAUUUGUUUAUUAGACAAUGCUAUUUUAUUAUUAUUAUUAUUAUUAUUAUAUAUUUAUAGAGCGCCGUCAAAUUCCGCAGCGCUUUACAAUGGGUGGACGAACAGACAUGUAGUUGUAACCAGACAAGUUGGACACACAGGAACAGAGGGGUUGAGGGCCCUGCUCAAUGAGCUUACAUGCUAGAGGGAGUGGGGUAAAAUGACACAAAAAGGUAAGGAUAGUAUUAGACUAGUGACAGUUGCAGAAGAGGAAUCAGUCAGGAGCUGUUAACAGUUUAAUUGAUACGCUUUUAUGAAGAAGUGGAUUUUUAACGAUUUUUUUGAAGGAGUGGAGACUGGGUGAACAUCUAACGGAGGAGGGAAGCGAGUUCCACAGGAAUGGUGCAGCCCUCGAGAAAUCUUGAAGGCGAGCAUCAGAGGUGGGAGUACGGACAGAAGAUAGACAUAAGUCUUCAGCAGAUCGUAAGGGCCUAGACGGGACAUACUUGUGUAUAAGGGAGGAUAGAUAGGUGGGAGCAGCAUUAUGUAGAGAUUUGAAAGCAAGAACCAGAAUUUUAAAUUGAGCUCUAUAUUUUAUAGGAAGCCAACGUAGGGACUGACAGAAGGGUAAGGCAUGGGAGGUGCGGGCGGACAGGAAGAAGAGCCUCGCUGCCGCAUUCAUUAUGGACUGUAACGGCGCAAGUUGGGAGCACGUAAGACCACUGAGAAGCGGAUUACAGUAGUCAAGGCGAGAAAGGACAGAGGAAUGGACCAACACCUUAGUCGCAUCUGGCGUUAAGUAGGGGCGGAUGCGCGCAAUGUUUUUGAGAUGGAAAUGACAGGAUUUGGCGAUAGAUUGAACAUGAGGCUUGAAGGAGAGGUCGGAGUCAAAGAGAACACCUAGGCAGCAAGCCUGCGUGGUGGAGCUGAUGGUAGCACCGUUGACUUGGAGGGAGACAGACACAGGAGUAACAACACUUGAGGGAGGAAAGACCAGAAUUUCAUUUUUGGUCAAGUUUAGUUUAAGGAAGUGGGCAGCCAUCCAGUUAGAAAUAGCAGAGAGGCAUAAUGAUGUAUAAUGUUUUCAGAUUUCUCAUAUGGCUUUUAUUCAUUUACAUAUAAUUUCUUUAAUUUUACUAGCCAAUCAAGCUCCAACCAAGAACUGCACCCAUGCUUACCUGUCCCCAUUUCCAAUGAACAGAGAUGAUAGCAAAAACAAUUCAUCAGCUUCGUAUCAUUCUGCAGUUGGUAGGUACAAUAAUAAUGAUUAUUUUAUUAGUACCUAGGGGAUAAGGUACUGGCCUUCAAUUCAAUAACAUACUGAUUACUUAGUUUAAAAAUCUGCUAUCUGAACAUUUCAGUGCAACAGUGAAUGAAAUCCUUAGAGUGUUAUGUUUUGAAAAAAAUAUUUGUGAUUUGACGUCACAUUUUCUUUAGAAAAUGCUUUAUCAGUAUCAUCGUGGGAUUGACUGUAAGCAGCAGUGCAAUAUUAUAUACAAGUAUAUUUGUUUUUGUUUUUUUACAAUAUAUUGCUUGAUUUCCUUUUGCAAUUCCUGUAAAAUUUACCAUUUUAAAGAUGCUUCCCACUGGAUUUUUAAAAUUAAAUAUGAAAAAUGAUUUUGUUUGCUCGUAGUUUAUUUAUGCAUUUUAUGUGUAAUGCUUUAUAAGUUACUGAAAUCCGUGUAGAUAUGUCUACUUCAAUAAGUGAACAUGCAACAUUCUAUUUUCUAGUAUAUCGUGGUUUUUGGUCCGUGUUCAUGCUGCUUGGAGUUGCUACUGUUGUAGCAGGAGGUUUCAUUAUUAUAUGUGCAGCUCCCUUUACAAACCACAGACUAUAUAAAGCUGGAGGAGGACUUUUCAUCACUUCUGGUAGGUGAUGACAUAUGAAUGUCUCUACUAAUCAAGAUGAAUGAAACUAAAUAAAAUCAAAAUAUUUAUAGGAACACUGUUGAAAAGUUUUGCCAUCCAUUUAAUGCAUUAUAUUUAUAACACAUUACAAUAUAUAUAUAUUCUUUUCCAGUGCUAUAUGUUUUAAUCAGAAAAUGAUUUAGAUAAUAAAAGAACACGGGAAAAAAAUAAAAAAUGCCCUACUUAUGUUUUACUCCAUAAAAAGUUUCAGCUCCUAAGUGUUUAAUAGUGGACACCAACCAUAACAAUACCAGGUCCCAUAAUAUAAAUGUCUACUUUCCAGUAGCAGUUAGGUUAAAUUCUCGAAUACCCAGAUAAUCCUCCAAGGCUGUAGCUACUAUAAAUGCAUUUUGAGAGUUGAGCUGUUUAGACAGGGACAUCAUCAUUCUGUGUCCCUGGCACCUCUCUUCACAUAUCAUCUCAGGCUGUGUCGGAAGUCACUGUUUAGUAGAUGAAGCUCAUGAUGCAGAAGAGCGCUGAAAGAAUGUAAACCAGAUUUGCAGUACUGAAGGCUCAGACGGAGAAUAGUCAGGAAAGCCAAAAGGUCAGGACAGGCAGCACAGCAUCAGAAGCAAUAAAUCAAGCAAAGGUCACUAUCAGGAUACAGCAGAGUAGUCACCGAAGGUCUUAACACAACAGGAGCACAGUAUAUCUGAGCAAUGAGUUCUUGGAGGAGUGGUGUUUAAAUAGAGAGAAAUAGGUAUGUCCAUUUACCUUAACUCCAUCCCUUUCUGUAUGGAUCGCCUUCUGUACCUUUAAGAAGGCGUGGUUUCGGCACACGUGUGCCCUAGGUCAUCCCUGUUGCUCCGCCCCUCUGCCUUGAGGAAAUAGAGUUCCGUGUGGAUCCAUGGUGCUGCGAUUGGGAUGCUGCGGCCAGUCGUUGGUGGAUAGUGGGUCAGUAGUGAUAAAGUGAAGGAGCCCAGGCAUGGCAUCUCCGUGAGGAGAGAGGCAGAUGCGGCGUGGGACCAUGAGAUAAGGAGGCAGGGGAGAGGGGGCCUGACAGGCAGAUCUAGAUAUGUAUUACAGCUGGCUUAUUAUUAAAUAAUCCUUUAUUGUAGAUAUAUACACACGCAUAUAUUUCUCUGCAGUUUCCAAGAUGAAAUUAACAAAUAUAACUUUAGUGGAACUGUUAAAAUCUGGAAGACAAAAAAAAAAAAAUCUCAGAUAGAAUUGCUCAUAGACUUGCCAGGAAAUGAAAAGAGAGCCUCCAAACCCAACCUUAGCUCUCACCAUAAAACUUAACAUUAGAAGUACACAAUAAUACACAAAAUCCAACAUGACUCUGGCGCAUAAACGUACUAGAGGCAUUUUGCAACUAAAACUAAAAAAAAGAAACUCCUUGGUUACAACAAUCAAUGGUGCAUUUGGAGAAAACAAUGAGAAACAUUUGAAGAAAAGAACACCUUGCCAACUGUUAGGCAUUGGGAUGGAUCUAUUAUACUUUGAGGUUGUUUGGCUGCCAGUGGGACAGAAUAUAUUGUAAAGGUAGAUGAAAGAAUAAUUAUACUAAAUACCAAAGAAUGCUGGAAGCUAAUAUCCAACAGUAAAUGAAGAAACUGAAGCCGAAAAGGAAUUCAAUAUUGCAACAAUACAAUGAAUCAACACACCUCAAAAUCAACCACAAGCUAGUCUUUACAGUGUCCAAACCUAUAUAUUAUUGAAAACUUAAAUAUAAAGUGUGUGACAGACAACCUAAGAAUAUGUGUGAAUUAGAAGUAUUCUGUAAGGAAAAGUGACAACAAAUUUCUAAAGCAGUAGUAGAAAGACUGGCUGCAAGUUUUUAGAGGCUGUGUAUUAAAGUGGCUCUGUCACCAUUUGUGAUCUUUGCACAUUUUGCAAAGACCCUCAAUGAUAACUUUGGUGCAUCAAGUGAGGUGGCCGUGGAGUUCAGGGAAAGGUGAGUUUUUCUUACCUGAACAUGUUCUUGUGGCUGCUGCCAUUUUCUUUCUUCUGGUCCUCUUCAGCUUCUGGCAUUUUAUUUGCUAGAAGCCAAUGUCACUGCUGUACUCUUGCGCAUGCAAGUACAACACUGUUGUCUAUGGAGGGUCCCGUGAGGUUGCGGGAUGCUUGAUAGACAAAGCCUUUUUCCCCUCAGCCAUCACUAGAGACGGCCAAGGUAGCUCAGCCUUUUUCUUCAGCUAUGUCAAGCAUAAGAAAAAUACAUAAGACAAAUUUGGCCAUAUUUAAUCUUAUGAUAUCCUUUGAAUGCAUUGGAAUAUCAGUUCCAACACAGUCUUUAGCAUUUCAAAAGAUUUUCUGUUUAUCUAUCUAUCUAUCUAUCCAUCCAUCCAUCCAUCCAUCCAUCCAUCCAUCCAUAUCUUUUUUUAUAAUAUAUAGAAUAUAUAUAUAGUCUUUAGAAAGUUUUAUUUGUUAACUGUAUAGCUUAUCAGAUUGUUGGGCAGCACACAGUUUAACAGACAAAAAUAGGUCGAACAGGAGGUGAGACAUUGAUUUUAAAACUGAGAAUUCAAAGUUCACACUCAUUACUUUAUUUAUGUCUUUAACAUUUCAUUAAAGACCAUUAACAAAUUAUCUGUUUACAUCUUAGUCCUUUUUAAUGAAAUGUCAACAUCUUUUUGGGGUCUCAGCUCAUUAGACAUGUUUCUACUAGCUUUAACGUGACAGGAAGAGAACCUUUUGCAUUUAGUGAUGUUUUUAAAAAGACAUCUAAUAAUUCAUAUGAAAAGAAUUUUUCUUAAAAGACAUCCUAAUUAAACAUUUAUUUUUUUUAAAUAUUUUAGACUUCCUCUAUUAUAUAAGUUCAAAAAUUAUAGUUGAUUACUUUGUUCUAAAUAUCAAUUUUAAUUAAUAAUGAUGGUAUUAAGAAAAUUGAUGGUCAUUUCUUUAUUGUGGGUCAAACAAAUUAUUUUAUUAACGCAUUCAAGACCAGAGUUAAGCUACAGGGCAAUUUUUCCCUUUAUUUUUUACUAGGCUGUUGUACAACCAUAAUCUUUGUUCUCCUACACAUAUCCCAUUUUGUUUUUUUAAUCCAUAUAAAGCCAAUGUACAUAAAUUACAGACACAUACCAAAUAUAUUUCACAUGGACUUCAGUUAUUUUUUUUAUUUUCCCAUCUACUAUAUGCCUGACACAUAUUUUUUUAAUAUUGUUUUCUUAUACUUUUCCAACACCUACAAAACUGAUUUUUUUUCACGUUAUAGGUUUCUCAUGUUUUUCUGUGAGUUAGAGAGCCCAAUUUGAGUUAUGUCAAGUGACCUAACUUGACUCAUUAGAUUUUCUUAAUUUAACUGUAUAUAGGAUAUUUUAAGGCAUUUCAUGCAGUUAUCUUACCACUAAUACAAGCCACUUCUUCUCCACCAUAAAUAAGCUUAGUAACAAUCUACUCAUCUCUCCAAGUACAUAAUUAUUUAACCUGAUUAAUUAAUAAAGUGAAAAUUGCCAGACAUUUUGUGAAUAAACAGAGUCCAUCAUAUAUUUCUACUUCAAUCACUUAAUAAAUAAUCUUUUUUUGCAUAAGUAUUUUAAAAAAUAUACCAAUUUAUUUGACAUUUUAAAGAUUCAAACGAGAAACAGUUUUUUUUAAGACAUAUCCAAUUUUAUUAAUUUAUUAAUAAAAUAUUUUACCAGGAAAGAUACAUUGAGAUUUAUCUUGUUUUCAAUUAUGUCCUGUCUGUAACUAGUAUGGCUCAAUAUGAAAGAUUUAGAUUGUUAUGAUUGCUGAUAGUUAGAGCAACGGUCCUGCAGUAAAUCCCAAAUAUUUGGGAUUACUCAAAUAUGUUUAAACUUGCAUGUGCUUUUAAAUUUUUGCAACAACUUACAUUGUAAUUUAAGCAUCAUGACUGGCUGAAAGUCUUUCAGCGAUUUAGUCUGAAUUUUGGGCAUUCAGCAGGUCAUCUGAAUAUAUAUAUUUAUCUAUAUAUAUUUUUUAUUAUCAUUAAUUUUAUUUUUUAUAUAGGGUACUUAUAGUUACUUGAUCUGUGAAUCAAAUGGUAGUAAAAUGUGUCUAUUUGUGUACUGCAAAAUAAAUACUUAAUAUUUAUUUUCACACUCCUUUGGUUCAUCUAAAUGAUUUUUCCCAUAUUGUUUGCAUGGAUGAAAUGAUUAAAUUCAUCCAAACAGACAUGCUCUUCAACGAAUUUCAGACUAUCCGCACAAACGUUUUCUACUAAACUUUUUCUACCAAAUCAAUUCAGAUGAACCUAUUGUUUUUGCCAUGUACUAGUUAAUAUACAUUAUUCAUUAUUUCAGCGAACAGAUCAUGCCUUCAAACCUUUAGUGUAUGGUGGCUGAUGCCAUCUGUGCAUUUUUCCACAUAAUUCAUGAUGACUGCUGGGUCCCUAAUCUCAAAGUAGCACCAGGACAUAAAUCUUGAAAUUCCAUUGCGAUAAGUGGGACAACAUCUACCGCACAGCAUCUGCUAUGUCAUGUUGGGGUUCUAGAGCUUUUGGACCUGCUAUACUUUAUUAUGAUGUUUCACCAUUAUACAUUGUCUGUCAUUCUCUAUCCAUCCUUCUCUUUGCAUUCUAUCAAAUAUGCUGUCUGGACUAUGUCAGCUCUGUCACCUUUGGGUUCUUUGCAUAUUUUUAUGAUAUAUUGUAAUUACAUUGAAAUUUUAAUGACAAUUGAUUGAAUUUAUCUUUAUUGCCUUGACAGAACCACUUUAAGUAUCAAAAUAAAAACUUGAAAUUCCAACUCAAUCAGAGAGUCAAUAGAUUCAUAAAAUACCAGUUAGGAACUAUUAAUCUCGUUUAAGUGUUGAUUUUUGGCAAACAUUGGUAAUGGGUGGAGCAUCCAACAGAUUCUGAUGCUCCAUCUUGUUAACAUCUCACCAAUCUUACCAUCUGUUGCUCUAAAAAACAACCCCUCAUGUGACCAUUACUCUUUAAAAGGAACUGCAAUUUCAAUAAUAAUGAUGGUGGUUGCUCAUUUUCUCACCCAUGUAAAUACUAUUAAAGACCUCACUGGAAUAAAUAGUGUAGUAGAAGGUAGUGAAAAAAAUCUGUAGCACAUCCUGUCAUACAAUUUCAAACAAACAAUACAGCUGUGAAAACAUAUAGCACACAUCAUAAAUAACUUUUCUUAGCUUUAGGGUUGUACAGUUCUAUUUUAAUUAUGGAUUAUGGUUUACUUUUAUUUUCACUUUUAUUAUAUUUAGUAAGACAAUUUGACUUGGAAAAACACUGGACAAAAUUAUAAACGCAACACUUUUGUUUUUGCCCCCAUUUUUCAUGAGCUGAACUCAAAGAUCUACGACUUUUUCUAUAUACACAAAAGACCUAUUUCUCUCAAAUAUUGUUCACAAAUCUGUCUAAAACUGUGUUAGUGAGCACUUCUACUUUGAGAUAAUCCAUCCACCUCACAGGUGUGGCAUAUCAAGAUGCUGAUAAGACAGCAUGAUUAUUGCACAGGCAGGCCACAAUCCCGGGGGGGAUCCUUCAUCCAUGAAGAGAACACCUCUCCAAAGUGCCAGACGCCACAGAAUGUAAGCAUUUGCCCACUCAAGUCGGUUAUGACGACGAACGGCAAUCAGGUCGAGACCCCGAUGAGCAUUCAGAUGAGCUUCCCUGAGACGGUUUCUGACAGUUUGUGCAGAAAUUAUUUGGUUAUGCAAACGAUUGUUGCAGCAGCAGUCUGGGUAGCUUGUCUGAGACGAUCUUGGAGGUGAAGAUACUGGAUGUGGAGGUCCUGGGCUGGUGUGGUUACACGUGGUCUGCAGUUUUGAGGUCGGUUGGAUGUACUGCCAAAUUCUAUGAAACGCCUUUGGAGACUGCUUAUGGUAGAGAAAUGAACAUUCAAUUCACGGGCAACAGCUCUGGUGGACAUUCCUGCAGUCAGCAUGCCAAUUGCACACUCCAUCAAAACUUGCAACAUCUGUGGCAUUUUGCUGUGUGAUAAAACUGCACAUUUUAGAGUGGUCUUUUAUUGUGGCCAUCUUAAGACACUCCUUUGCAAUAAUCAUGCUGUCUAGUCAUCAUCUUGAUAUGCCACACCUGUGAGGUGGAUGGAUUAUCUCGGCAAAGGAGAAGUGCUUACCAACACAGAUUUAGACAGAUUUGUGAACAAUAUUUGAGAGAAAAAGUCUUAGAUCUUUGAGUUCAGCUCAUGAAAAAUGGGGGCAAAAUUAAAGUGUUGAGUUUAUAAUUUUGUUCAGUGUACGUGUUUGUUAGACUUUUUAUUUGCUACUUUUUUUGACAUUUUUAAUGUUAUUAAUCUUCUUUUACAUGCAAUCAAUUCAUGUAACUUUCCAUUAAAACUAACCAAUGCUUUUCUUUCAGGUAUAUUUUUUACAUUUGUCAUCAUCAUGCAUGUGAUUUGGGUACAGAGCAUGUCAGAUCUGAAAAGUUACCAGGAUCUACGGCAGCAGGAUUGCUCCAAUUUUUCUGUAGUCACUCGCUAUGGGUGGUCCUUCAUGUUGGCUCCAGUUGGGAUUUUUUUCUCCCUCUUCGCAGGAAUGCUUUUCCUUCUAGUUGGACAUACCAUCUUUGUGCAUACCAAAUAACCCAAAUGUCUUAAAUGUUUUUUUUUUUAUUAUUUCCAAGGCUUUGUAUAAUACAGCUAUCAAGAUCUAAUUCUAGACAAUGAACUACAAAUGGAAAGAAUUUAUCAAUUCUAAAUAGUAAUGUAACAAAUGUAAAAAAUGGCAUCCCUUACUUAGUUGCUUUCCUAUAUAAAUUACAUGGUGCAAAAAAAAUAAAAAUAUUUUCAGACCAAACAACAGAAGUAAGUUUAAACAUGUUCAUAAAGUAGGUGUAACAUUCAUGAGAUUUUGAAAUAGAUUAAGGGCAUAAGGAGAAAGCUUUUUGAGGGUGUAAUUUCAUCUGCCCAUGACUCAGUCAGCCUACCUCUUGGCAUAGCAGCUACAUGAAUGUACAUUCAGUGCUUUAAAUAGAAUGCAGUUGUUCAACUUGUGUCAAAACCAACAGGAAUGAUUCACACGUGUAACAGCUCUUGCUUAUAUAUUGUUGAUACCCCAUUAUAUAUAUAAAUUUUGGUGACUGUAACAAAGGAUUUCCAAGAAUAAUACUGUUAGACAUUAUUAUAACAUUCUAGAUUUUAUUGUUUGAAAUGCAGUUUUAGUUUAGAUUAAUUGUAUCUCUUUGUUUGCACAAAUUGAAUUUAAGAAAGAUAAGUAUGUAAUGUGUAUUUAAGUGUUGUGUAAAUAUAUAAAAACAGAAGGAUCUAUGUAUCUAUCUAUCUAUCUAUCUAUCUAUCUAUCUAUCUAUCUAUCUAUCUAUCUAUCUAUCUACACAAUUUACAAUUCAGUUCAAAACCUUUAGAACUGAGAAAGUAUUUGAUUUAUUGUCAAAUUGUCAAAUAAAACAUAAAACAAAUCUAAAAGUAAAAACAUCUGAUAAGAUUAUUCUAUGACUUUUCAUUUUAUUUUAUUUUUUAUUUUUGCAAGGUCUGUACAUUUAUAAUGUAAUAUUGUAAAUGAUAUAUGAAUAAAAAUGUUUAAUUCU